UUGAUGUGAUGCACUUCAGCUGAAAUUCAUGAAGUGAAGUAUUUCCUAUUUUAAAUCACUCAACUCAGGAUCUCAUUGCUGCUCUCUUUCUGAUGUGGGCUUGACUGGCGAUGGGUUACAUGGCAGUCCUGUCUGUGAAUACUGCAACAUGCAACACAUUACUCCAUGUCCUCUUUCUUUCAGGUGCUUUGGCUGUUUGUCCUCAAAAGGCAAACCUCUUCAUUACUGCACCACAGAAGAUGGAAGCACUGAGUGGAUCUUGUUUGCAAAUCCCAUGUAACUUUAGAGCUGAACCAGAAAAAAAAUUUGAUGGCAUCAGAAACUUUGCAGUGUGGAUUAAACAGAGUGACAACUUAUAUCCAAGCGAUGUGAAUUUCGAAAGCACCUAUCCAAUGAAUAUUACUGGAAACCUGAGUCACAACAGCUGCACCACUCUGGUUUCCAGUUUAAACCCAAAUUAUGCAGACACAUUCUACUUCAGAAUUCAGAACAGUGCAUUCAGGGCAACAGCUGUUUGUGAUCCUCUUCAAAUAAAUGUUACAGAUUCUCCUCCGAGCCCCAGAAUUGAGAUCUCAGGUGAUCUGAAGGAGAAGGAGUCUGUCACUAUAACCUGCUCAGCUCUCACUCCCUGUCCACACUCCCCUCCUAAACUCACCUGGAGCCUCCAACAAGACUCUCACAGCUACACAGAGGAAAACACAAAUGGAACCUUUACAACUAAAAUCCAGGCCACCAUCACUCUGUCAGACCAACAUGAUGGAGACAACAUCACCUGUUCUGCCAGAUAUCCUGUGAAUGAAGGAAAAGAUGUCAAGACAGCAGAGGAGAGAAAGACUCUCAGUGUUUCAUUGAAUGUCACAUUUUCCUCAGAUGCUCCUAAAGACACCUCAGGGUCCAUCAGUCCAUCAGGUUUGGUGUCAGCAGGUAGCUGGGUGAACCUGACCUGCUCCAGCAGAGCCAAGCCUCCCGUCAGCCGCUUCACCUGGUUCAAGAAGAGCACAGAUGGAUCCAUGACUGUAUCUGAAGGACAGGUUUACAGCUUUAAUGCAACAGAUGGAGGAGUUUGUUACUGUGUGGCCACAAAUGAUCUUGGGAAUCAGACGUCAUCAGAGAUUCAUCUUACUAUUAAAGAACCACCUGAUGGAUCGCUACAAUGGGGGACAGUUCUUGGAGGAAUCAUUGGGAUCAUCGUACUCAUCUGCCUGGUUGUCUGUGUUUGCACUCUCAUGUCUUGGAGGCGGUUAAAGUCGACGCAUUCAACUCAACAGAGUCAGAGUCAAGCAGGUGAAGAGCUGGCUGUUAAAGAGCCAGCAAGAAAAACAGAAGAGGAAGAAGACAUCCAUUAUGGAGAGAUCGACUUCUCCAAGCGGAGACCUGCUCCGUCCUCUGACUCAGCGCAGGACAGUGGACAGCAGCAGGAUACGCUGUAUGCACAGGUCAAAGUGUCCCAGCCAGCAAACAGCUUAACGCAGACUGCUGACGGCCCAGAGGAUCUCUACGCUCAAGUGAAGAAAAAAUGAGUACUGUUUUGUUUGUGUAAAGACACGGAUUAAAUUUGUGUAGAAUUCAUAUUAAGUGGACCUUUCUUUUUAUUUAUAUCUUUUUUUUAUGCCAGUCGAUGUAGACAAAGACACUGGAGCCUGGACAUGAAAAUGUUGUGUUUGCUGCCUACAGUUCAAUGAAGGGAAACUCAAAAACCGCCACAUCGUGCAGCUUUUUCAUGUCAGUUAUCAACAUGUUAAUAUGUGCAUGCUGACCUCACGCAGCUGUUGUUAUGUGAUAUUUACAUGGCAGAUAUGUGUCAAUACAAGUCCCAAAGCUCUAAAUCGAGAACAAUAGUCUAAAUUACACCAGAAGCAUUUCUGCACACACAUUUACAGUGACGUGCAGGGCAUUUAGUAUGAGAGUAUUUUUGAAUUAAUCUUGACAAGACAUUGUCAAAAGUAAUCUCAGUUUUGUAUUGUGUAUCCCAUUGUUUUAAAUAAGUAGUUGCGACCAUGUAUAUUAAUGCAUCCAAGUGUGCAUGCAUUUUCAUACACACGAUCAUAGGUAGAAAGUUGUGCUUGCUAUCGGAUGAGCACAGCUUUGUUUUGUGGACCAACGAACUGAUGGACCAACAGAAUGAGAUACAGAGCUACUGGUUGCAGUUAGUGUGGUGAUGCAAAAUACUGUGUACUUCUGUGUUUGAAUGUGAAAUUCCUUCUGUACUGGAUAUCUGGCCAAAGAAAGUGAAGAAGUAAAAGCUACUCUCUGCUGAGUGCAAUGAUGCCUC